AUGAAGUUGGCGUUGAUUUUUGCAUUCUGCUUUAUUUUGAAAGUUGCCUGUGAAGGUAACACAGUUCUUCCAAGUUCCUGCGCAUCGGACCUGGCAACAACUGUGUCAAAGAGUUUGGAACUAUUGAAAAACGCUCUUGGAAGAGAGUGUCCAGAUAGGUGGCUGUAUUUCCAGGACUCAUGUUAUCUCUAUGGAAAGGAAACUAUGAAAUUUGCAGCCGCGCAAAAAGUCUGUGAGGACAGCGACAGUCACCUUGUCUACAUCAAUGAUGAGGAAGAAAACACAUUUCUCAAAGACAUGGCUCGUGAAAUGAUAUGUACGUACACUUAA